AUGCUCAAACUCGGGUUGAUUUUAUUUGAGGGCUUCCAGGCUCUUGAUGCGUUUGGCCCUCUAGACUGCAUCAAUGUGCUUUCCCGAACUGAAAGCGUGUCCCUCGCCCUCCUCGCCUCGACUCUUGAGCCAGUGUCCACAAGACCGGCGGGGUUUCCCAGCUCGACAGGACAGCAUGUCGUGCCUACGCAUACAUUUGCAGAGGCACCCGACGACCUUGACGUCCUGCUAGUACCGGGUGGUCAAGGCACGCGCGGCUCCGAUGCAGCGCUACUGGAAGCGAUCGCGUUCAUUCAAAAGAUUUACCCGCGGCUGCAAUAUUUGAUUACUGUUUGCACUGGGGCUGGUCUGGUAGCGCGCGCAGGGGUCUUGGACGGCAAGAAGGCGACAACAAACAAAAAGGCCUUUACUGAAAUUACAGCAUGGAGACCCGCGGUGCAAUGGGUCUCCCGGGCGAGAUGGGUUGUUGACGGCAACAUAUGGACCUCGUCUGGCGUCAGCGCCGGAAUAGACGUCACCCUGGCAUGGAUAGCGGAGGUGUAUGGUGAAGAUAAAGCCCAGGCGAUAGCCGACGGCAUCGAGCAUAUCCGCCAAACCAACCCGGCAGUUGAUGAAUUCGCCAGCCUGUACGGACUAUAG